CACGAUAACGCCUCCAGUGACCCUAGUCCCUGGUAUAAAAGGCAGCCAUUUGGGUGGCUGUAUUACCGCGCUAAGUCGGCGUAGCCUUUCGUUGAUCUUCCUUGCCCUAUAUGUCCAUCCAGGAAAAGAAGAAGUCCGAGUCCUUUACGGAAAAUGUUGUCCCAGUGCCGAAUGACGAUGAUGACUUCAGGCUGUUGAAUGCAGACGCGAGGAAGGCAGCAGAACGGGCACUGGUGCGCAAAUUGGACUGCAGACUGAUGCCUACUGCUGUGGUCAUAUACCUCUUGAACUAUAUUGAUCGUGUUGCUAUUACUGCUGCGCGGCUGCAAGGUUUAGAGCAAGAUCUCGGAUUGACAACUGUUCAGUAUGAAACCAUUCUGGCUAUUCUUUAUGUUACUUAUUGCCCGGCACAAAUACCCUCGAACAUGAUUUUGAGCUAUAUUUCACGACCAUCUCUUUACAUUGGGGCCUGCGUUAUUGGAUGGGGUCUUACCAGUGCUUUGACUGGAGUCACUACUAAUUAUUCGGGCAUCAUGGCUUGUCGUGUAUUCAUUGGUCUUCCUGAGGCUGCGUUCUAUCCUGGUGUCAUGUAUCUGCUUUCGCGUUGGUAUACCAGGAAGGAGCUCGCCGUGCGGUCAGCCUGGUUCUAUUGUGGUCUUUUAAUCUCGAAUGCAUUUGGAAGCUUGAUUGCAGCUGGAAUUCUCGCAAAAAUGCAAGGUGUACUAGGACUUGCGGCCUGGAGAUGGUUAUUCUACAUAGAGGGCGCCAUCACUAUGUCCUUUGGCUUCAUGACCAUGUGGCUUCUUCCAGAUUAUCCCCACAACACUCGAUGGCUUAACGCAGCGGAAUGCCGCUUGGCUCAAGUUCGCCUUGCAGAAGAUGCAGGGGAGGCCGACAGGGAUUCUGAUGACCUUACCAUUUACGAUGGGUUGUGGAUGGCUAUCAAGGAUCCAAAGACCAUCAUUUUCAUGUUUAUGAGCUGCUCGCAACUUCUAGGCCUGAGUUACAUCAACUUUUUCCCCACCUUGACUGCCACGCUUGGUUUCGACAAUACUAUUACAUUUUUAAUGGCAGCUCCUCCAUGGAUAUUCGCAUCAGCCUGCUGCGUACUCAACGCAUGGCAUGCAGAUAAGUCUGGAGAGCGAUUCUUCCAUAUCACUUCGUGGUGGUGGGUAGUCAUCAUUGGAUAUAUCGUCUCUCUAUCCACCAUGGCUACGGGCGGGCGGUACUUUUCCUUGUUCCUGAUGACCACAGGAUAUUGCGGAUUUGCCUUGACAUUGACUUGGGUUUCAAACGCCAUUCCUCGUCCACCGGCAAAACGCGCCGUAGCCAUGGGUCUUGUCAAUGGGUUUGGAAACCUCGGUAAUAUGUAAGGCUCUUAUGGUCAGCAUACUGUCAGAUCGCUUACAGUAUUUCAUAGGAUGGGCUCGUAUGUCUGGAAUGCUUCGUGGGGUCCUCAAUACCAUCAAUCCAUG